UAAUUCAGUAAAAUAUUCAUAUUUAUAACUUCCAAUAGCUAAGAACUGGGCUUACAAUUUAGGCUGCAUAUAUAAAUUAAACAGACACUGAAACACAUCCAAGUUGAAAUUUGGAGGAAAUGGCAAAAUGCAAUGCCAAAACAAGUAAGGACGCUUGGUGACGCUGCAGGCUAAGAGUAUGAAGAAUGGGCUCUGCAUAGGACCAGAACACCAUUUCAUUAAACUGAGAACCAGAACGUCGGGGUCUGUUUGAAAGAGGAGGUAUUGAGAACGGUUUCUGGGAGAAUUUGGGAAGAAGAUGCCUCUAAUCAGAUUUACUUUAAUAUUUUCACGAACCCUCAUGAGUGGAUUGUAAUCAACUUGAAGAAGCAGCGUUCCCUGUACUGCAUCUGAACAAUGGAGACAGCUCUAAGAAAAACGCCACAGCAAAGGCAAGUCGUUUUUCUUACUAUGUUGUUGCUUUUGUGGGAGUCUGACACCGAGGCAAUUAGAUACUCCAUGCCAGAAGAAUCAGAGACUGGCUACUUGGUGGCUAACCUGGAAAGAGAUCUGGGGCUCAGGGUGGGGGAGCUGGCCUCUAGAGGGGCACAAAUCCAUCACAGAGGAAACAAAGAGCUCUUGGGGCUGGAUGCAGAGACCGGGAAUUUGCUAUUAAAGGAAAAGCCAGAUCGCGAGGUGCUGUGUGGGGCGACAGACCCCUGUGUGUUGCACUUCCAACUCAUACUCGAGAACCCUGUGCAGUUCUUCCAAACUGACCUGCAGCUCACAGACAUAAACCACCAUUCUCCGGAGUUCCCUGACAGAGAUAUGCUCCUAAAAGUGCCAGAGAAUGUCCAACCAGGGACUGUGUUUCCUCUGAAGGCAGCUCAGGACUCUGACAUAGGGAGCAAUGCUGUUCAGAACUACACUGUCAGCCCCAACCUCCAUUUCCAUGCGGUCACUCACAGUCGCGCUGAUGGCAGGAAAUAUCCAGAGCUGGUGCUGGACAGAGGCCUGGACAGGGAGGAGCAGCCUGAGCUCACUUUGACCCUCACUGCUGUGGAUGGAGGGUCUCCGCCCAGGUCUGGGACCACCACAGUUCGCAUUGAAGUCGUGGACAUCAAUGACAACGUCCCGCAGUUCCUACAGUCGCUCUAUGAGGUGCAGGUCCCUGAGAACAGCCCCCUUGGUGCCCUAGUUGUCAGGGUCUCUGCCAGGGAUUUAGAUGCUGGGAUACAUGGGAAUGUAGUCUACUCUCUGUUUCAAGGUGGUGGAGCUUCUCAACCGUUUGUAAUAGAUGAAGUCACUGGAGAAAUCCGUCUGAGCAAAGAGUUGGAUUUCGAGGUAACCAACCAUUAUAACAUAGAAAUUGCGGCCACGGAUGGAGGUGGCCUUUCAGGGAAAUGCACGGUGGCUGUACAGGUGUUGGAUGUGAAUGACAACGCCCCAGAGCUGACCAUUUCCAAGCUCUCAAGCCCUAUCCCCGAAAACUCCCUGGAGACUGUAAUUGUUGUUUUCAGUGUUUCUGACCCAGAUUCCGGGGACAAUGGAAGGAUGGUUAUGUGUUCCAUAGAUGACAAUCUUCCAUUUCUUCUAAGACAAUCCACGGAGAAUUUCUAUACUUUGGAAACAGAUGGGGCACUGGACAGAGAAAGUAGAGCUGAGUACAAUAUCACCAUUUCAGCCACCGACCUGGGCACACCCAGGCUCACAACCCAGCACACCAUAACAGUGCAGGUGUCUGACGUCAACGACAACGCCCCCGCCUUCACACAAACCUCCUACACCCUGUUUGUCCAGGAGAACAACAGCCCUGCCCUGCACAUAGGCACCAUCAGCGCCACAGACUCAGACUCAGGCUCCAAUGCCCGCAUCACCUACUCGCUGCUGCCUGCCCACGACCCGCAGCUGGCCCCGGACUUGCUCAUCUCCAUCAACGCGGAUAACGGGCAGCUGUUCACGCUCAGGGCCCUGGACUAUGAGGCCCUGCAGACCUUCGAGUUCCGCGUGGGCGCCACAGACCAAGGCUCGCCCGCUCUCAGCAGUCAGGCUCUGGUGCGCGUGCUCGUGCUGGACGCCAACGACAAUGCGCCCUUCGUGCUCUACCCGCUGCAGAACGCAUCUGCGCCCUGCACAGAGCUGCUGCCCAGGGCGGCGGAGCCAGGAUACCUGGUCACCAAGGUGGUGGCAGUGGACCGCGACUCUGGUCAGAAUGCCUGGCUGUCGUUCCAGCUGCUCAAGGCCACAGAGCCAGGGCUGUUCAGCGUGUGGGCUCACAAUGGGGAGGUGCGCACCUCCAGGCUGCUGAGUGAGCGCGAUGCUCCCAAGCACAGGCUGCUGCUGCUGGUCAAGGACAAUGGCGACCCUCCCAGGUCUGCCAGUGUCACUCUGCAUGUGCUGCUGGUGGAUGGCUUCUCUCAGCCCUACCUGCCUCUGCCCAAGGUGGAGCGCGAACCUGAGCAUGAAGACAAGGAAAUGCUCACCCUCUACUUAGUCAUCGCCUUGACAUCUGUGUCUUCGCUCUUCCUCUUGUCUGUGCUUCUGUUCGUUGGGGUGAGGCUGUGCAGGAGGGCCAGGGCCUCCACUUGGGGUGGCUGCUCUGUUUCGGAGGGCCCCUUUCCUGGUCACCUGGUGGAUGUCAGAGGCACAGGAACCCUGUCACAGAGCUACCAGUAUGAGGUGUGUCUGAGUGGCGACUCUGGGACUGGUGAGUUUAAAUUCCUAAAGGCCAUUAGCCCCCAAUUCCCUCCUUUGGAGUCUGAGAGGAAAACAGAGGAAAGUUCUACCCUUUGGAAUAGCUUCCUACUCAUGUAAACACUGCAGUGUAGUAGUAAACUCUGUUUAAGCUUAGAGCUAUCUUUUAAACUGAAUCUGCAUGCUGCUGAUAUAUGUUGACUGAGGCUUAUGGUCUUACAUUUUAUAACAAGUCCUGGAACUGGAAUCCAGUGUCUCAUUCGUUUUAGGGAAAUUCAGUCACAGCUAAAUUGGCAACCUUUUUAUUUGUGUAUUUAUUUAUUUCUGUUUUUGAGUCAUGGUCUCACUUUGCACACUUGGUGGUCUGGAUCGUGCUAUGUAGAACUGGCUAGACUGAAACACAGAGACCCACCUGCCUCUCGACACCUUAGCACCAUGAUUAAAGACUUCUGUCAUCA